AUGAACCGACCUUCGAAGCUGGGGAGGAAGAGCUCGGAAGAAACUCCGGCGAAGAAAUCUGAGACGAAGAAGAAGCCGAGUCCCCGAAAUCCAUUGAAGGAGCUCAAUGGCGGUGGAGCUUAUCCUCCUCCUUCUGGCUCCACCGAUGCCCCCAGAGGGGGUUGCUUCGGCUUUCUUCUAUCGAGUUCCUCUUCUAAAGGCUCGCUUCCGAAAUCAAAACCCUUUCAAAGGACACCCAGAUCGGCUCCUCCGGUCCCCAGAACGCUGGUCUCCAAGAAUUCCGUGAAGGCUUCCAGGUUCCCGGGCUCCCGGAAAAAUGCAUCGCAACCUAGCUUGGAAGGCUCCAAGCAGGUGAAAUCGAAGAAGCCCUCGAAGCCCAGAACUCCUGAUCUGCUCCAGAGGUGGAACCGAAGGAAGCCGAGCUCGGAAGAGCAGGGUCAGAGCUCCGGCAAUUCGUUGGACGGUAAGAAUCCUGGCCCUGAGCUCAGUUCUGCGGUGGAUUUUGGGGGAAAGGUUGAAACUUUGGGUGUGUUGACAUCUGGGGUUUGUUUCGCAUCUACUCCGGAGAAAACUCUUCCUGGUUUUGCUCCUGAGGUGGUCUUGGAGACGAAGGAAGGAGAGCAGAAGCUCUCAAAUACUCCGACAUCGGCCACCACGCCUCCAAUUCAGGCAUCCAUCUCCCCGGCGGUUCCUGCUGGGCCCUCUGUUGCCCCCACUUCUCCCUGUUUUGCCGCAGGCCAUGUGAUCGCCGGAAUCCACGACCGGAGGAAAUGUAGGCCAAGAGGCAUACUCACUGUUGGUGAAGGUGGACCGGAGGUCACCAGGAAUCCUGGUUUUCGAGGUUCUUCCACACCACCUCCCAUCGCGGGUGCUUCCAUACAUUGGCUCUCUUCACCUUCGGAGAAUGUGAAUUCUGGCCUCACUAGUAGUUUCAGUUCUAUUUCUAGAGUUCGGCUGUCACAUUGCAAUGCUGAAGCUUCUGCAAAUUGGCUUCUCCAUCCUUGUGAGGAGGGAGAAGAGGGUGUGCCAGAAAAUGCGUUAUUGUCCCCAAAGAUGUCUACUUUGGCUAACAAGUGUUCUCCUGAUCUUGGGAAUUGGAACUUUUCUCCUGCUGAUUCUAACCCUCCGGAAUCGCCUGAGCUUGGAGGGCUGUUGUGUCUCAACUCGCCUCUCUUAGAAACAACACCAUCAUCUGGUUAUGGCUUUCGAAGAACUCCUUCUACUGGGAGUAGCAUUAGUCCUUUCUCUAUGAUUUUAGAAAGUGUUGCAACAUCUUCUAAAUGUAUUCUUCCUAAGCCAUGCCAAGAAAGAGGAGGAUACCGCUACGGUUCUGCCUUGAGGACUUCAUCCUUUUCUGGGGAAUCCUGGGUUGACAUACCGUCAUCCUAUUCAAGCUCAAGAAAACAAGGUGGUUUUUCUGCAUCUGGGAUGGACUCUGUGGUGGAUCUUCUUGGAACCGUAAAGUUGUCGCCAAAUUCGAAAACUAGUCAAUUAAGCAAUACUUUGUCAUCACCUCGGCAUAGCUUCCAGUUUGGGUGCACGGUUACACCUUCGAAUUCUGUAGAUUUAAUUCAUUUUCAUCAGCCUUCAUGCACUAGGACCUCUGCAGCAAAAGAGGCUUGUUUUCAAGGACAGGGUUUGCCAAGUUCAGAGACAAGAAUAUCAUGGCGAGAUGGACUGGUCAGCAGAAUUUUUGAGAUGGGUGAGUUGGAUUGCCUUCAGUGGCUUUCAGAUGAUGAGGAUAAUUUCAAUUGUCAUGGAGAAGAUAAUAUGCAAGGGGGGUUUGAUCUUAGAUUCAAGCCAAACAUUAGCGGCUCUGUAUUAGAAGAUGGAAAUGAGCAGCACAUAGCCAGUGGGUUUGGGUCCAUUGAAUUUGCAUGUGAUGAAACUUCCGUUCAAAAGAGCAUAGCAGAAAUGCCUUGUGGACCAAUUUCAUGCUUAGAAUCCUUUAGCAGACAGGGAGUUGAGUUGGUCUCUUCUGGUGAUUCUAAUUGGACUCUUUUCUACGACAACCAUUUAUUUGAAUUAUGAUAUCUUUCAUGUCUCCUAAACUUUGACCUAGAUUGUACCACUAGAAUUUGAGUAAAAUUUACCACAUGCUAGUCCAUCUAAAAUUUGUACUUCUAGUGAUCUAAGGGAUGUAUUUCAGCAUCCUCAGAGGUGAAUCUGCCUUGGCUAAAGUUUAGCAGCCACAACAGG